AUGUGCUCCGGGCUCCAGGCCCUGCUGCUGUCAGUCUGGCUUUCCUGGACCCUGGGGAUCCGAGGAUCUGAGCCCAGCAGCGUAAACGACCCCGGGAACAUGUCCUUUGUGAAGGAGACGGUCGACAAGCUGUUGAAAGGCUACGACAUUCGUCUGAGACCCGACUUCGGGGGUCCCCCAGUCUGCGUGGGGAUGAACAUCGACAUCGCCAGCAUCGACAUGGUUUCUGAAGUCAACAUGGAUUAUACCUUAACUAUGUAUUUUCAACAAUAUUGGAGAGAUAAAAGGCUCGCCUAUUCUGGGAUCCCUCUCAACCUCACGCUUGACAAUCGAGUGGCUGACCAGCUCUGGGUGCCCGACACAUAUUUCUUAAAUGACAAAAAGUCAUUUGUGCACGGAGUGACAGUGAAAAACCGCAUGAUCCGCCUCCACCCUGAUGGGACAGUGCUGUACGGGCUAAGGAUCACCACCACGGCAGCAUGCAUGAUGGACCUCAGAAGAUAUCCACUGGAUGAGCAAAACUGCACAUUGGAAAUUGAAAGCUAUGGCUACACCACAGACGACAUUGAAUUUUACUGGCGCGGCGGGGACAAGGCUGUCACUGGCGUGGAAAGGAUCGAGCUCCCACAGUUCUCCAUUGUGGAGCACCGUCUGGUCUCCAGGAAUGUUGUCUUCGCCACAGGUGCCUAUCCUCGACUCUCCUUGAGUUUUCGGUUGAAGAGAAACAUUGGUUACUUCAUUCUUCAGACGUAUAUGCCCUCAAUACUGAUCACAAUCCUCUCCUGGGUUUCCUUCUGGAUCAAUUAUGAUGCAUCUGCUGCUCGAGUUGCCCUUGGGAUCACCACCGUGCUCACCAUGACAACCAUCAACACUCACCUUCGGGAGACUCUGCCCAAAAUCCCCUACGUCAAAGCCAUCGAUAUGUACCUGAUGGGCUGCUUCGUCUUUGUAUUCCUGGCCCUUCUGGAGUAUGCCUUUGUCAACUACAUUUUCUUUGGAAGAGGUCCCCAAAGGCAGAAGAAGCUUGCAGAGAAGACAGCCAAAGCCAAGAAUGACCGCUCCAAGAGCGAAAGCAACCGGGUGGAUGCUCAUGGGAAUAUCCUAUUAACAUCGCUGGAGGUUCACAAUGAAAUGAAUGAGGUUGCAGGCAGCGUUGGUGACACCAGGAAUUCAGCAAUAUCCUUUGACAACUCAGGAAUCCAGUAUAGGAAACAGAGCAUGCCCAGGGAAGGGCAUGGGCGGUACAUGGGAGACAGAAGCAUCCCGCACAAGAAGACCCACCUACGGAGGAGGUCUUCGCAGAUCAAAAUCAAAAUCCCUGAUCUAACCGAUGUGAAUGCCAUAGACAGAUGGUCCCGGAUCGUGUUUCCAUUCACCUUUUCUCUUUUCAACUUAGUUUACUGGCUGUACUAUGUUAACUGAGUGACUGUACUUGAUUUUUCAAAGACUUCAUUUAACACUGAGUGAAAUAUUACCCUGCCUGUCAAGUUUUUAUACCAGUACACACAC